UUCUUAAAUAUCAUUUUUCUUUUUGGUAUUUUUUUUUUUGUUUCAUAUAAAAACAUCUUGUCAUCAUCAUCAUUAUGACAAUAUUAUUAUCUGAAAGUGAUGAUCAUCAUCAUACACCAUCAUAUGGAACAAUGGAUGUUUUUAAUCAAUCCGAUUCAUUAACAAGAAAACGUUCCGUUAUUAAUGAUGAUAGUUUAGAUUCGAUAGAAAAAUCAAUCAAUUGGAAAUCAAAUGGAUCACCAUCACCAUCACCAUUUGAUUCAACAUCAUCAACAUCGAAAAAUGGCAAAAUUGCAUUGAAAAAAGAACUUGGCCUACUGAAUGGUGUUGCGAUUAUUGUCGGUAUUAUUGUCGGUAGUGGAAUAUUUGUAUCACCACGUGGUGUAUUACAAGAAGUUGGUUCGGUUGGUCUUUCGUUAGUUGUUUGGGUAUUAUGUGGUUGUUUAUCAACAAUCGGUGCAUUAUGUUAUGCUGAACUGGGAACAUCUAUACCAGAAUCUGGUGGUGAUUAUAUUUACAUACAAAAAGCAUUUGGACCUCUACCGGCUUUUCUAUUUUUAUGGGUUUCCAUAUUGAUUAUACAGCCAGCUGGAAAUGCAAUUGCAGCAAUGACAUUUGCCAAUUAUAUUCUACAAUCAUUAUAUCCAACUUGUAGUCCACCAGAAAAUGCUAUACGUUUGAUUGCUGCAAUUAUUAUCAUUUUAUUAAUAUUUAUCAAUUGUUUCAAUGUAAAAUGGGCAACGCGUGUACAAAAUUCAUUUACAUUUACAAAAAUUAUCGCUUUAUUAUUGAUAAUUGGUUGUGGUUGUUGGAAAUUUUUUGACCCUACAAAUUCCGAUCAAAUUGAACGUACAUUAUCGUAUCCAAAUUCGUUUGAAAAUACAAACGAUUCACCUGGUCAUAUUGCAUUGGCAUUUUAUUCCGGUCUGUUUUCAUAUGCUGGAUGGAAUUAUUUAAAUUUUGUUGUUGAAGAAUUACGUGAUCCAUUUCGUAAUCUGCCACGUGCUAUUUAUAUAUCAUUACCAUUAGUUACAUUAAUCUAUCUUAUGGCAAAUUUGGCAUAUUUUACUGUAUUAACACCGGAAGAAAUUCUAACAUCAAAUGCUGUUGCUGUUACAUUUGGUGAUAGAGUUCUUGGUUCAUUUGCAUGGAUAAUGCCAUUAUCGGUUGCAUUAUCAACAUUUGGCGGUCUGAAUGGUGGUAUAUUUGCAUCAUCAAGAUUAUUUUUUGUUGGUGCACGUCGUGGCCAUCUACCAGAAAGUUUAGCAAUGAUAAAUGUAAAAUAUUUUACACCAAUGCCAAGUUUAAUAUUUCUUGGCCUGUUAUCACUGUUAUACCUUACUACAACUAAAGUAUAUGUACUGAUAAAUUAUGCAACAUUUAUUGAAUCAUCAUCAAUAUUAGCAUCGAUUGGUUCAUUACUUUAUUUACGUUAUCGUGAACCUGAACGUUAUCGUCCAAUUCGUGUACAUCUGGCUAUACCUAUCCUGUUUUUUAUAAUAUGUUUAUUUUUGGUAUUAUUACCAUUUUAUGUUAGUCCUAUGGAAGCUGGUGCUGGUAUUAUUAUCACCAUUACUGGAAUACCUAUUUAUUUGAUUACUAUUUAUUGGAAAUCUAAACCAAAAUCAUUCAUAAAUUCCAUUGGCAAUUUUGUUGUUGUUUGUCGAAUAUCGAUUCUUGGGUUCUUUAAUCUUGGUGGAUUUUUUUUGUUUUAUGAUUAAAUUCUCGUGAAAGUGUAGAAGAAG